UUGCUCCACCAUGUACUAGCGCGAAUUGCGUGAUCGCACGUCUUCACCCCCAGCUAUCGCACCUUGCGGAGAUGGUUACAAAGCGAUCCCGAUGGCGGCGCCCAAUAUAUACUCCAGGCCGUGGUCGCUCUCCCUCUUCCCACCUCCAGAUCUAAACGAUUGAUAAUAGUAGUUUCUUCUGGGAAGCCUCCAUUUAGACACCAACCCACAAAGACAUUCUGCUUCUGGCUUCUCCGCACGUGCCUGUCAUACCCCAAACUUCCGCCACACGAUCUUGAAGAUGUCGUCACCAUUGUUCGCAAAGGUCGACUCCUACAAGCAGCCUACACUCCGCGAGGAGUCUGGCUAUGCUUCAGCCGAAUCCAGUCAGGAGAGCCUACCUGAGGUUUACUUUACGAAGCCUCAUUUGAAGUUUAUCAACGCCCAGCUCCAGAAGCUCGAGCCGCAAGACAUCCUACGAUGGUGCAUCACAUCUCUGCCUGGAUUAUUCCAGACCACCGCCUUUGGUCUUACUGGCCUGGUCACAGUGGACAUGCUUUCAAAACUCGACGGACCUUUGAAGCACAACAUCGACUUGAUCUUCCUAGACACGCUCUACCACUUCGACGAAACCUAUGCCCUUGUUGACCGGGUAAGGAGGCGAUACGGAACACCGGUACACGUCUACAAGCCUGCUGGCUGCGACAACGUCAACGACUUUACUGCCAAGCACGGUGACAAGCUGUGGGAUACCAACGACGAACUGUACGACUACGUUGCCAAAGUGGAGCCUGCCGAGCGUGCCUAUUCUGAACUUCAGGUCAAGGCUGUCUUGACUGGUCGCCGACGUAGCCAAGGUGGGAAGCGUGGAGACCUAGACAUUGUCGAGGUCGACGAGGCCGGCCUCAUCAAGAUCAACCCUCUCGCCAACUGGAACUUCGCCCAGGUCAAGGAAUACGUCGACGCCAACGACGUCCCAUACAACGACCUUCUCAACAGGGGUUACAAGAGUGUUGGUGACUGGCACUCUACACAGCCAGUAGCUGCGGGAGAGGACGAGCGAUCAGGACGCUGGAAGGGCAAGAACAAGUCAGAGUGCGGCAUCCACAACCCCAAGUCACGAUACGCUCAGUUCCUUCAAGAGCAAGCUAUGAAGCAGCAGAACGAGGACCUAGCCAACAAGCUGCAACAAGUCUCUUUGAACGUUUAGGAAGGUGUGGAAGAUCUUGAUUCCUACUUGUUGUAUCGCAUUAGCAUCGGCGUUUGGGUUAUUUAUGGGACAUGGCAUAGCAUGGGGUUUGGGUC